AUGGUCCUGAUGAGAGUGAUGCUGUCGCUGUCCUUCUGCCUGCUGCUGGCGUCCGUCGGCUCGGGCUGCGGACCGGGCAGGGGAUACGGGAAACGGAGGCACCCCAAGAAGCUGACACCGCUGGCUCUGAAACAGUUCAUACCCAACGUGGCGGAGAAAACCCUUGGAGCCAGCGGCAAGUACGAAGGCAAGAUCACCCGCAACUCGGAGAGGUUCAAGGACCUGACUCCCAACUACAACCCCGAUAUUAUUUUUAAAGAUGAGGAGAACACGAACGCAGACCGGCUCAUGACACAAAGGUGUAAGGACAAACUGAACUCUUUGGCUAUUUCAGUCAUGAAUCAGUGGCCUGGGGUCAAACUCCGGGUCACAGAGGGCUGGGAUGAGGACGGCCAUCACUCUGAGGAGUCUCUGCACUACGAGGGCCGAGCAGUGGACAUCACCACCUCAGACCGGGACAAGAGCAAGUAUGGCAUGCUGUCCAGGUUGGCUGUGGAGGCUGGCUUUGACUGGGUCUACUAUGAGUCCAAAGCCCACAUCCACUGCUCUGUGAAAGCAGAAAAUUCAGUGGCAGCUAAGUCUGGAGGUUGCUUCCCGGGUUCAUCCAUGGUGAUCCUGGCAGACGGAAGGACUAAACCACUGAAGGAGCUCCAGGUGGGGGACAGGGUGCUGGCUGCUGAUCAACAAGGAAAUCUCCUACCCAGUGACUUUCUGAUGUUCAUGGACCAGGACCGACAGAUUACACGACAGUUCCAUGUCCUGGAGACCGAGGAGCCACGCCGCAAACUGACACUGACUCCUGCUCACCUUGUCUUUGUUCUGAACAACAACAGUACUGACAGCGGAGACACCAGGGCCGUGUUCGCCAGUAAUGUAAAACCAGGACAGCGGCUUCUGGUUGUUGGGAAUGACUGUCCUGGCCACCUCAUCCCCUCAACAGUGAGACAAGUUUACGUGGAGCAGCAGGAAGGCUCCUAUGCUCCUGUAACGUCUCAUGGAACCAUCAUAGUGGACCAGGUGUUGGCUUCCUGCUACGCAGUGGUUGAGGAUCAUCAGCUUGCACACUGGGUUUUUGCGCCAGUUCGACUUUGGCGUGCAUUCUUGUCACUGGUUGGGAUGGUCAAAGAGCUCAGCAGUGCGCACCAAGCUGAUGGUGUCCACUGGUACCCAGAGCUCCUCUACCACGUGGGAAGUCGGCUUCUGGACAGCAGUUCUUUUCACCCACAAAGUUGAGAUAUAUCGUAUGGUUUAAAAGACUGUACAUUCACACUGCAGUAGAAUAUCAUAUUUUGGCCUAAUCUUUUCCCAGGGUUAAACAUCAAAAUAUCAGACUUUUGUGUGUGCCUGCUACUGUAAGCCCAUAGAAGCAUGCACUCCAGAAAACAUGUAUCACUUUUAACACAUCUUCUUUGAGACAGCACACAUAUGUAUUACUUUUCAAACCAACUUUCAGUAUGUUACAGUAUAAUUCUGGUUUAUCACAAGUUAUUUUUGUAGUUUGGGUCAUUAUUCUUUUCAGCAGUUACUUCACUCACAAAAGUAACACUGUGACACUGCAAGAACAAAGUCAGACAAGGCAAGAAACAUGAGUGUUUGCCUUUGUUUUCUCUUCAAAAUAAGUUUUGCUGACCUUGGGGGUUUGUUUCCAACUUGUCUGAUUGUUCCUCAUCCCUCCUGACCUCCUUUGACUGAUGUCACCAUGUCCCCAGAUCUCAGCAAUGACUCGUGAGUACAAUGUUAUCAUUACCAAGAGAAAAGAUGGCCAAAACUGCAAAAAAUAAGACCCAGGUUGUGACUGCAUGCAGUAUUUUAAUGGUCCCAUCUGUACUGACAGGAGGGCUGCCAUGCAGGUAUGCACUUUUCUAAUUCUGAACAAUC